UAUAAGUAAAGAAACAAUGAAAUAAAAGGAAAGUAUAAGAAAAAUGGAAAAUGAAUCAAACAUUGGGUGGUUAUAAAACACCAAACUCCAACCUCACAAAAACAAAUUAGCUUCGUCGUUUUUACUUUCUUCCUGUACCUCCAUCGUGAGAAUGCAGGAACUCAAAGCACUCUUCAUAGGAAAAGUCAAAGACAAAGCUUCUCUAGGGAAAGCAAGGUUGGUUCAUAGUUUCAGCUCCAAUUCCGUCAAAAACAUUCACCUAGCGCUCUUGAAAUCAACAACUCAUACUUCCCACAAGCCACCAAACAGUGACUACGUCUCCGACGUUAUCUCGUACUCUAACAGCCGUUAUGCCCCGGCGGCUUUAGCAGCGGCUCUAUGGAGGAUACGUGUCACGAAGAACGCUUUCGUGGCCAAUAAAUCUCUGAUCGUCUUACACAAGCUUAUCAAAUCAUCAAGAGACAGGUUUGAAGGGCUCGAUCAUGGUUGGAACAAACUUAAACUGAGAGAGUUUUGGGACAAAUCUUCAAGUCUAGCGCAAGAGUUGUCUCAAUGGGUUAGAUGGUAUGGACUAUAUUUGGAUCAUCUCUCGUGGAUUUCGAAGGUAUUAGGAUCUUUUCCAAGUUUAAUGGAGAGCUCAAAAGACAGAGCUAAAGAGAAAGAUCGUGUUUCGUCCUACCAAACCGGGUAUAUUAUGAGACAAACCGAUUUCCUUGUAUGUUUUUUUGAGCACAUAUGUACCAGACCGGAGAUUCCACCUAUGUUCCAAAACAAGAUCGUGGACGAGAUCAGAGAGCUCGUGAUUCAAGACUACUUCACGGUUAUGAUAUUGAUCGUAGUACGGCUUCAAGUGUUGAGUGAAAGAUUAAUUAAACCGGGUGUCAAACCAGUUCGUGAUUCCGGUUUGAAAGAUUUGAGUCAGGUUUUGGGGAGACUUGAAGAAUGCAAGGAGAGUUUGAGUGGGUUUUUUUGGCGUUACAGACGUCUGGCAGAAGAUUUUUGGUGUUUGGUUGAGAUGUUGAAGGCUGAAACGGUAACGGACAACAAGGAGAUGGUUGAAUUUGUCAGUUCGGUUCAGAACACGGUCAAGGACGAUGAGGAGAUGGUUGAUUUGACCGGUUCAGUUCAGACCGAAUGGGUAACAUUCGACGACUCUGAGACAGCAACACGCGAGGUGGUAACAUGGGAUCCCGGAUGGGUAACAUUUGAUGAAUCCAACGGAAUGACGAAUGAGUCGGUCUGGUUGAGUCUGUGUACGUAACGUUUGAUAGAUGGUUUGGUUGGUCCAAUAAGGUGAGGAAAGAUCCGGUCUACACAUGCAUGGUAAGGCCGAUGGCGUCUCACUAUGAAAAUAUAUAUACAGUACAUACCAACUAGCUCUAUGGUUUAAUUUGGUUUUUUGUCUUGGAAUUGGUUGUGUCAUUUUUUUGAAUUGUGCUUGAAUCCUUAUUUUAUAAAGACAGAAGGAGAAGAGUGAUUCUGUAUGUAAAUACAACUUCUUAUGACAUUUAUGAAGUGAACGUGUGGAUAA